AUGGCACUGAACAUCCGGAAAUUUCGGCCCUACUACGAAGAUUUGAUAAUCUUCGUUGUAGGCUGGUGGAGCGGCUGGCUGGUGGAGCGGCAUAAUGCGACAGUAAAGCAGUGCCUGAUGGCAUAUUGCAGUGCCCAUCGUGACUUGGAUCAACACCACCGAGAUGUCGCCUUUGCAAUGCGAACCUGUGAGAGCGUCACCACAGGGUACUCACCUGACCUUUUGUGUUAUAGGCGCCAGCUCCGCUGCCCUUGGGAACAAAACCCCGGCCAACUCCCUUUACCAAUCAGGGCUACGCCGGGUUUCGUGGCAGAUUUGACGUCUAGACUACAGGACGCGUAUGAGUUUGCUCUGGAGAACCAAAGAAAAGCGCAAGAGCAACAGCGGCGUUACUACAGUCGAACCCGACAGCAGUCGGAGUCCCAAAUAGGUGACACAGUACUACGCGACCUGCACACCCUCAGUGAUGCCAGCAAAGGAGUGGCAGCAAAACAGGCUCCAAGACGUUCGGGACCUUUCGUGGUGGUGGGGAAAGUGGGGGCCAAUGAUAUCGUCUGA